CUCCUGCAGGUCAUAUAGUAAGCCCUGUCGCGCCAGGUUACACAACAAACGCAAUUUCUUGUGUCUUUCCUCCACAGUGUUCACGGAAAUGUGCAAAGUGUACAGUUUUUGAGUGCAGUGUAUGAUUCAGAAUUAUUCUUGUUAGCGAUGUUAGUGUGUGCGUAGGCUUAUAGUUCAGUUUAGAGAGCCGUCACUUCGCCCAGAUUCGCGUAUCUGGGUCACCAGCUGAUCGUGGAAAUGAACGUGGUAAACAAUUAUACAAACUGCGUUCAUUGUUCAGGCGUGUUCGUUGAUCACUGACUACGUGGCUCCAGUUAACUCGGUGUGUUAAUGGAGUUCUGCUGUAAGUGUAAGCUGCACCAAUUCCAGAAAGAAAAAUCCAACUUUAAAUUUGUUUCGAUUCCCAAAGGAUGACGAAAGAUUGGUCAACAGCUAGAUCUCUACAAGCAACAUGAAGAAAUGAUUUUUUCGUGCGCCAUGGUUGACUGGAUCAACUUCUGGUAUAGAAUAGAAAAUGACAUCAAGAAACAGGAUGGAUUGCAACGUAGAAACAGAGGUAAAAGAAGUCAGGGACGAUCAGAAAUAUUUUCUUAAGAGCGAUAUGACACUGAUGAGUGAAGGUCGUAGAGACAGAGACGACGUGUUGAAAGCGACACAAGAAGAUGAGAGAGAAACCAACGAGACAACCAUUUUUGAUGUGGAUGAUGAUAAUUCGGAGACCAGACUAGAUACUCAACAUCGUACUGGUCCAAACAUAGACAAGGGUUAUGCCUGGAUAGUCAUGGUAGCUUUCCUGUGUAUGAGUAUCCUAGUGAAAGUGGUCACACCCCGGAAGAUUUGCCUGGCAGGUUCCUUCCUCUUGGCGUUGGGCGUCGCUCUGAAUAGCUGUGUAGGGAAGGUGGAGCUGCUCUGUCUCUCUCACGGAGUCUUCUUUGGCUUGGCGCUGGGCUGUCUCUACGGACCACCCACUUACGUGCUGGCGCUGUACUUCGACAGACGGAGAGCUUUCGUCACAAACUUCAGCACUUCCGGGGGAGGAGUAGGGGGCGUGGUCUUCCCCUUGCUCAUCCGACGUCUAUUGGAUGAAUACGCUUUCGAGGGCGGUACGCUGUUGACAGCUGGAGUAUUGCUGCACACUUUGGUCUUCAGCGCCCUCCUGGCUCCCGUGAAGACGUACAACCCAGACUUUGAAUUAACAUCAGAAGUUGAUGACUCUGAAAGCUCAAAAGUAUGCGAUGACAGGGAGUUAUUUAUCGGUGCGCCAGGAGGGUCUUCCGAUUCAGCGUUGACGAAGUCCCAUAACAGUAUAUCUCCGUCUUUGGAGAUUUCAUCCAGUCAACUCUCAACCGAAAAACAGAAGGGAAAGACGGAGGUGGAAACUUUGAAAAGAAGUCGCUACAUUCGUGAUCUUGUUUUUUCUCUGUGGACGCCAAAAGAUACCGUACUUUUAAAACUAGUUUCCUUUUGGGCGUUGUGUAUAUUUUUUUUCUGCGGUGCCACCGGGCAGGGCAUUUCCCAGUCAUUCAUUCCCGCCUUGGCCAAGGAAAAGGGAUUUUCAGACGAGGAAGGCGCUUACCUGCUGUCCCUUCUCAACAUUCUAGAUUUUCCCUCACGCAUGAUCGGCGGACUGGUGGUCAACAUGGGGUUUUUGAGUCCCUCCCAAGCGUGCGUAGGUCCGAUGCUGGUCAUCGGAGUUUUGGGACAGCUGACAGAGUUCUACAACACCUACCA